UGCCCAUGAGAAACACCAAGAAGGACUGCAGCACGAUCACCGAUGGAAGAAAAUGCUUUCCUCACAUCCUCAAAUUCGAAUACGAGUCAUCGUGAGCAGCAGCAGCACACUCAGCAGUGACACUUCUAGUGAGUUGUGCUCCAGAGCAGCCUGUGUGCUCAUGCUAUCGGCCUAACAGGUGCUUCAGCAUCCGCCCCGCGACGUGGCUUCCCUCCCUCCGAUGCUGCCCCGCGCUGGCGGGGUCCGUCCCUCCGCCGGCAGGGCCAUGGCCUGCACGGGCUCUGCCCGCCGCCCUGGGCAGGACCUCGCGGUGCUUCCCGAGGCACAGAGCAUCGCAGCGACCGCGGGAUGAGCGGGGAAGGGCGAUGGCCGGAGCAGCAGGCAGGCAGGUAGUGGUGCUACAGCAGUUGUCCAGGCAGCACUCUGCAAACCCAGGCAAGAACGUGUAGCAAUAAAGAGGAUCAACUUAGAAAAAUGCCAAACCAGUAUGGAUGAAUUACUUAAAGAAAUUCAAGCAAUGAGUCAGUGCAAUCACCCUAAUGUGGUGACCUAUUACACAUCUUUUGUGGUGAAGGAUGAACUGUGGCUGGUUAUGAAGCUAUUAAGUGGGGGUUCAAUGCUUGAUAUAAUAAAGUAUAUUGUCAACAGAGGAGAGCACAAAAAUGGUGUGCUUGAAGAACCCAUAAUAGCAACAAUUCUUAAAGAAGUUUUGGAGGGCUUAGACUAUCUACACAGGAAUGGACAAAUUCACAGAGAUUUGAAGGCUGGCAACAUUCUACUGGGUGAGGAUGGCUCUGUACAAAUAGCAGAUUUUGGUGUUAGUGCAUUUUUAGCAACUGGAGGUGAUGUUACUCGUAACAAAGUAAGGAAAACAUUUGUUGGGACUCCCUGUUGGAUGGCCCCUGAAGUAAUGGAGCAGGUGCGAGGUUAUGACUUCAAGGCCGAUAUGUGGAGUUUUGGGAUAACAGCCAUUGAGUUAGCAACAGGAGCAGCACCUUAUCACAAAUACCCUCCUAUGAAAGUGUUAAUGCUAACGCUUCAAAAUGACCCCCCCACUUUAGAGACAGGUGUAGAGGACAAGGAGAUGAUGAAAAAGUAUGGCAAAUCCUUUAGAAAACUAAUCUCAUUAUGCCUUCAAAAAGAUCCUUCCAAAAGGCCCACAGCAGCAGAACUUUUAAAAUGCAAAUUUUUCCAGAAAGCCAAGAAUAGAGAAUACUUGAUUGAAAAGCUUCUCACUAGAACACCUAAUAUAGCACAAAGAGCAAAAAAGGUCAGGCGAGUGCCAGGUUCCAGUGGCCACCUCCAUAAAACAGAAGAUGGGGACUGGGAAUGGAGUGAUGAUGAAAUGGAUGAGAAGAGUGAGGAAGGCAAAGCUGCUAUUUCUCAGGAAAAGUCACGAAGACUGAAGGAGGAGGAGAACGCAGAGUCUCAGCCUGCUGUUAGUGAGGAAUACAGUGAAGUUCCAUGUGCGGUGAAUCUUGUCUUAAGAUUAAGGAACUCCAGGAAAGAACUUAAUGACAUACGGUUUGAGUUUACUCCAGGCAGAGACACAGCAGAUGGCGUUUCUCAGGAGCUGUUCUCUGCAGGCCUGGUUGAUGGCCAUGAUGUAGUUAUAGUUGCUGCUAACUUACAGAAGAUAGUAGAUGAUCCAAAGGCCUUGAAAACAUUGACUUUUAAGCUGGCCUCUGGCUGUGAUGGCACUGAGAUUCCUGAUGAAGUGAAACUGAUUGGUUUUGCUCAGUUAAGUGUCAGCUGAUGUCUGUCCCUUGACCCCAAGCCGAAUUGUGAGAUUGCAAAAAAGCCAGCUUAGAUGCAAAGGAAAAUUAAUGCACCACACACUGAGUUCUGCUUCAUUAUCUAGCAAUUCACAAAGUCAGAACAAGCAAAGCCCACAGCUACACCGCUGCUGUUAACGUUCAAAAUGCUCCUCAAUGUCUCUUAGAAGUUGAUUUGGAUUCCCCCAGAGUGAAAAGCCUGUGGAAAUGCUCUCUCUCAGGUGGCUGUGUUUAUUGGUUACAAAAGGAACUUUCUAUCAAGCUUACUUCUUUCACAGACUUUGAGUGAAACUAUUUUACCUGUACUUGUGGUUGAUAAUACUGCCUCUGUUCUGUUACAUUUAGAAAUUAACAUACAUAUAAAAGUUUAGAAAUAUUAGCCAAACUUGAAUUCUAGUUUAAAAAAAUUACUGUGAAUUUUAUUUUUCAUAUAUUUAUGCGUUACACAUACUAGUAAUAAGAAAAUUAUUUGACUUGAUUAUGUGCUAUUUGCAGUUAAUCUCCCACUAUUUAAAAAAGUUUCAGGUAUGUCUUUGAAGUAUUUAGUAACUUCUAGGGGUUUUUUGAAAUCAUUUGAUCUGGCAUUAGCAAGCUUUUGUUGGUUGUGUGUCAAAAAACCAGUCCACAAACUGAUCCUCAAGGGAGUGGGAGGUGCCUUGCAGAUAUUAAUGUUUUAAGAAUGUGCCUGAGGCUGCUGAUAUAAAUAAUCUCCAUUUUCUAGAAGUACCAUACAUAUGGUACAAUAAAUAUAUAUAGUUAUCUGAGCGAGGAGGGGAUCUACAGUAGCAAAGGUGUUAGAGUAUUUUGACUAUGCUUUAUUGGGGAGUCGAUGAACUAGAGCUACUCUGAACUGUUGCUAAGGUAGAACGCUUACUGUGUCCAUCUCUGAUCUGACUUACCCUUAAUGAUAAAAACCAGUUACAUACAAGUGAAUAAAAACUUGAAGAAUGGAACUGAAGCUUUAUUUGAAGUUCUGCUAAAUACCAAGGUGGAAUGAAAAUAAUAGGGUUUUGUGCAAUGAUCAAGUAAAACUCUGUUACAAAGAAAACACUUUGACCCAAGUAGCCCUCUGUUUAACCUGUGACAUAGACGUUAUGGAGCUAGGGAACCUUAGAAAGACUUCCACAUUUGGAGAUAUGUUUCUCAGAGGUUACACUUUAAACUAGUUCCUAUUUAAUCCUAGAUAAGUGGCAGCUCUUUAAUGUACUGAAAAUGGCAAAUAUAUAUUGUUAAGAGAAGUUAUUUAUAAUGCCUUGUCAUAAUCGUUGAGGUGUUCUAGAACUAUUUGCAUACGACUCAAUGUAAUCCCAUCCCAUCCUACUGUUUACAUGAUGAUUACUCCAAGAUGACUGCAAAGAUUAAAAAAAUAAAAUUAAAAUAAAGAUGUAUUGCACAAACUGA